AGAUCUGCUUCAAACCCGUGACCUCUCCUCUCCCAAAACUCUCCAUUCACUCUCCCAAACACCCAAAUCCCUCCAAAUCUCCAAAACUCAUCCCUUAAACACUCAAAUACCAUCAAAUCCUUGCCUACCCAACACAAAACCUCAAGCUUUCACUUCAAUUUGUGUGGGAUCUGCUGUAUUUUUGGUGUGGCUGUUGGGAUUUCUCUCUUAUGGCUUCAAGAAGCGUUGGAAGUAAAAGGAAACAAGUGGGUAAUUCUAGCACUGGUGGUCAAGCUCAAGAAGAAGAAGGUAACAUCUCCCAAUCCAAUCUCUUUUUGGAUACCCAAGCCUCUACACAGUAUGAAAUUAUCAAGAAUAUGGUUGUUUUAUCUUGCAAUUGUAUCAAAUUCAGUCAAUUUCCUCAAGGAGAUAUGCGUGUUGAACAAAUUUUUAGGGAACUUGGGUGGAAGGAUUAUAUAGAAAUUAAAGAGCCUGUGUAUUAUGAAGUUGUUCAUCAAUUUUAUGCUAAUCUGAAACCAAGAGGGAAUAAAUGCAAAACUUUGGUUGCGGGGGUGUCAUUUCAGUUUUCAUCAAAGGAUAUUUGUGCUGUAUUAGCUAUACCUGAAGGAGGAGAUGAUGAAUUUCUAGAUGUGAAUCAUGCCUUAGUUAGAGCCACAAUUGCCCCCAAUUGCACUGAAAAUCAAAUUAAAGUGGGGUCUCUUUCACCAGAAAAUAGCGCAUUGCAGUGGAUUAUAUCUCGCAUUAUUGCUCAGAGGCAGGGUUCUAAAUCUUAUGUUCUUGCCAGUGAUCUUCUCUGGUUUGACUAUCUUCUUAACAGAAAAAGGGUGAACCUAGGAAGAUACAUUUUCUGGAGCAUAAUCAAGCCUUACUCACCAACUACGGGACUUCCUCAUGGUGCUUUAAUUACCAGAUUGGCGAAGAGGAACAAUAUUGAUCUUACCUCCUUUAGGUUCGGAACGGUUCCUGGUGGGACUACACUUACCAAAGCCUCUUUUGAGAAAAUAGACUGUUUGUUUAGAAAUGGCAUUUGGAUAAAGAAAGGGGAACAAGAAGGGGAUGAAGAAGAAGGUGAUACAGAUCAAGAAAUGGCAAAACAAGGGGCAGAAGAACAUGAAGAUGACAGCCCAAGACCAUUUCGAGCCUCCAUGCAAAGAACUAACCGUGAAACCAUGGAGUUAAUGAUAUCUAAGAUGCAGCAGCUGCACAUCGACUUUUAUGGUUUCUAGACAAAAAUUAGAGGAAGAAUGACUAACGUGGAAGGAAAGCUGACUAAUGUGGAAGGAAAGCUUGAUCAACUUGUUAACCAUUUUUUUCCUUCCACCCCCACCUAAUGCCAACUAACUUGAUAUUUCUUCAGUAUUGGCUAAUUUUUAGGUGGACAUCUUAGGCAUAUGUAUGUUAAGUUUAUCUAUGUUUUUCUUCAUCUUGAACCUUUUAUCAUGUAUUAUGAAUUCUCAUGGCAUUUGACUUUGGUAUGAUAUAAUCUUUGUUGUAUGACUUGUGUUGAUAUUGGCAUGACUUUUGGGUAUUGAUUGUUUAUGAUUUUGAUGAUAAUAUGCUCUUAUUGAGGGGGAGUUUAUUGAUUGAUGAUUAUAUUCAUUUUAUAUUCUUGAUGCUUUAAAGAUUGAUGUGCAUGAAUUAAGGGGGAAUUUGUUGAUUAUGUGCUUUUUGAUGAAUGACAAAAAGGGGGAGAGAAUGUGUUGAAUUUAAAAUCAUUUUCUAGAGUAUCUUUGUGUUGAGAUUCUAGCUAAUAUUGAAGUAUAUAUGUGCUUUAUCUUUGUGCUAAAAUUCUAGUUAAUAUUGAAGUAUAUAUGUUCUUUCAUUAAUUAAUUCUCAAAGUGUUU